CAUAUCGACAAUCCUCUCAACUACCCGGGCAGAUCAUUUCUGCAUGCACCUCGUGACCUGGAUUUUGACCUUCACUCCGAGGAUGGUCCCGACAAGUGCUUCCUGGCCAAGCGCUGCAUACACACAUGGACUUGCCACACAAAAGGCGUAUCGGCAAUCCGACUAUUUCCCAACUCCGGCCACUUAUUCCUCUCAGCCAGUAUGGAUAGUAAAGUCAAGCUUUGGGAAGUAUACAACAAUCGUCGGCUGGUACGUACAUACACAGGCCACAGCAAGGCUGUACGUGACAUCUCAUUCAACAACGAUGGAACGCGGUUCCUCAUGGCAUCCUAUGACCGCUAUGUGAAGAUGCUUGACACAGAAACCGGUCAGUGCAUAGGUCGCUACACAACAAAGAAAAUCCCGUACUGUGUCAAGUUCAACCCAGAUGAGGACAAGCAACACAUCUUCUUGUGUGGAACUUCAGACAAGAAGAUAGUCCAGUGGGGCACUACAAGUGGUGACAUCAUGCAGGAGUAUGACCGUCAUUUGGGUGCCGUCAACAAAUCGUUUAUUGAUGACAACAAACGAAUUGUCUCAACAUCCUACUCGAUGAUGAGUGUGUGAGUCUGCGAAUGGGAAAUUCCCGUGGACAGCAAGUACAUAGCUGAGCCGUCCAUGCAUGCAGUAUCAAGUGUGGGCAUGUCGCGCAACAACCGAUGGAUGGUUUGCCAGAGCUCCGACAAUCAGAUCCGCGUCUACGAUGCAGCACACAAGAUGCGCCUCAACGAAAAGAAGACCUUCAAGGGGCACAUGGUUGCUGGUUAUGCGUGCCAAACGGGCUUCUCUCCCGAUGGCCGGUACGUGAUCUCCCGGCGGUGAAUACCGUGAUGGUGAUGUAACCUGUGCGUGUGUGACUGGAAGACCUGUAAACUGUACAGCAACAUGAAAGCGCACGAUGAAGUGUGUAUAGGCUGCGAGUGGCUUCUGCACGAGACCUCCAAGGUCGUAACAUGCGGCUGGGAUGGCCUCAUCAAGCUCUGGGACUAGUUCUCCGUGGCGACAUCUGUGUGCGUGCGUGUGUGUGUGUGCGUGUGUGUGUGUGUGUGUAUG